AUCGAUGACUCUAUUGUUGUGUUUAUGUUUAGUCACACAAACAUUGGAUUAUAAUUUAUAAAUACAUUUAAUUUUAAAUAGUUUUCAAUAAUUAAAUUAGUUAUGAAUUUAUUAGUAUAUAGUUUAGUAUCAAUGUUAUCAUUGAUAACACAAAUAUCACAAAUUAAUUGCAAUAACAUUGAAGUUAUUGGAUCUAAUGAGAUAACUAAUAAUAAUAAGCAUUACACCAUCGAUGGUAAAGUGAUUGUUCACUCAGAUAUGAUUCAAUCGAUGAACCACUUCCUGACCAAUACUAAAGUGAUCGCCAAUUAUGGCCAACACUUUGCUUUUCUCAGAAGCGACGGAUCGUUUUCAAUGACACAUUUGACUCCCGGUUCAUAUCUUCUUGAGAUAUCAAAUCCCGACUACUUUUAUGAGCCGAUUCGGGUGGACAUCAACUCGAAAGGCAAAACCCGCGCCCGAAAAGUCAAUUACAUCCAGACAUCGGCUGUCCAACAGUUAUCAUAUCCAUUGAAAUUCAAAACAAAAGGACAUUUCAAGUAUUUUCAGAUUCGCGAGACGUGGAAAAUCACAGACUUUUUGUUGAAUCCAAUGGUUUUAAUGAUGGUUUUGCCAUUACUUCUGAUUAUGGUUUUGCCCAAAAUGAUGAAUUCGGCCGAUGCCGAUACACAACGGGAGAUGCAAAACAUGCAAAUGCCUAAAUAUGAUGUACCGGAGCUCUCAGAGAUGAUGACCAGUUGGUUCACUGGAGGACCCAAAACACAAAAUACAAAAUCUAAAGAAAAGUCUAAGAAACGACAAUAGCUUUGAUUUAAUUUAGAGUUUUUUUACAAAUACACCAAUUAGUAGAUUAAUUGUUAUUUUAUUUUUUUUGUUAAUUGGAUUUAUUUAUAUAAAGUCACAUUAAAUGGAUUUUUGUUUAUAACCGUAAUAUUUUUUUGAUAACAAUUUUUGUCAAUAUUUAUUUUUAUUUGUUGAUUAUAUGAUAGUUAAUAUUGUUAUUAAGAUUUAAAAAUUUUUUGAAAAUUAUAAAAACAUUUUUUUAAUUGAGGGGAAAAUAAUGAGUCCUUUGAUCUCAGACUAAAUGCUGAUAAUAUGUGACAUAACGUCACCAAUAAAACAAUCAGUUGAUAAUUAAGAGCAAAAAACACAAAAAAUGUUUCAAUUAAUAUAAAUAAUAAAAUUGAUUGUAUUGUAUUGUAUUGUAAUAUACAAUACAAUAU